AUGUCUUCAUUUAUAUCGGAACGCUUUGUUCUGGUCCCUAUCUUGGUCGUGGGGGCCAUGCAACUCCUCUUUAUACUCAGUAUUGCGUCCCUAUCUCAGACCGAUGCUUUGAACCAAACCAAUGCGUAUCUGCACCACACAUGCAUCAACAGUCAAGGGACAUACAGACCGGGGAGCCCAUACGAGGAAAACGUCAACAGAGCCAUCAAAACUAUGUUUAAAAAAUUGUUAGACUACGGAUUUAUUCACUCCGUCGUUGGUGAUGCUCCCAAUACUGUCUAUCCCAAGCUCCAGUGCCGGGGCGACCUUAGCUUAUCCCAGUGCCACUCUUGCCUCACCACUGCCUUCGCUGGGAUUCGUAAGAGAUGUCCGAAAAACAAGGGGAGAAUAAUAUGGUACGAAAACUGUGUUCUCGAGAUUUCUUCGGUCUAUAGGUGGUCGCAGAUUGAUUACCAAAACAAUUUCUUUUUGUACAACGCGAAGGAUGCGAGUGGGGAUAAAGAGUCGUUUAACAAGAAGACGAAGGCUCUCCUUUAUAAUCUGAAGGAGAAAGCCAGUAGUAAAGAAAAUGAUCCCUACGGGAAGAACUACAUGUAUGCAACGAUGGAGGAAAGUCUCGGGACGAUGAAGUUGUAUGGAAUGGUGCAAUGUAUGAAGGAUUUGUCGGUUAAAAAUUGCAGUCUGUGUUUAGACUGGAUCAUGGCAAAGUUUCCGAAAUGCUGCAAUGGUAAACAAGGAGGAAGAGUUUUGUGUACAAGCUGUAAUUUUAGAUAUGAGCUUUACCCUUUUGUAAAGCCUUGUAAAGACUUAAAAGACUAUUUAAUGAGAGCUCCGUAUGUAUACCAAAUAAAAUACCUGGGGAAGUACGGAAAAUUCCUCCUUCUUUUGAAAAUACCUUGA